AUUCAGGGUGGUCUCAAUGGCUUCAUUCUUGGCGGAAGUAAAACCCCGGGGUUAGCUGGCCCUUCGCUGUUCUGGAGUGGGACCAGGAGCUGGAGGGGAAGUCGCGCAGUAAUUAGCGUGUGAAAGCUUCAGCAGCCAUGGCGGUCAGCAUGGCAUCUCAGUUCUUCUCCCAGGACGAAGGGGCUUCUGAUGUUACUUCCACCUCCGAGAGGGUUGUAGAACUGCUGAAUACGGCUUCUCUUGCUUCCAACGAUUCUAAAAUGACAAUGCUUAGACAGGUUCAAGAACUCAUCAUAAACAAGGACCCCACGCUACUGGACAACUUUCUUGAUGAAAUAAUUGCCUUCCAAGCUGACAAGUCUGUUGAUGUUCGGAAAUUUGUUGUGAAUUUUAUAGAAGAGGCUUGUAAACUGGAUAAUGAACUUCUGGUGAAGUUAAUCGCCAACUUGCACAUGCUCCUAAAAGAUGAGAAUGUCAAUGUAGUGAAAAAGUCCAUCUUAACCAUGACCCAGCUCUACAAGGUGGCUUUGCAGUGGGUUGUACGUUCACGUUCCCCUUCGGAGGGCCAGGAGUCCUGCUGGGACUUGGUGACCGAGAUGGCUGGAGAUAUUCUGCUCAUGUUGGAGUCUGACAACGACGGGAUCCGCACGCAUGCAGUGAAGUUCGUGGAGAGUUUGAUCGUCACGCUGUCCCCUCGCACGGCAGAUAGCGAAGUACCCAAAAGACAAGAGGGGGAUAUCAGCCUUGAGCAGAUCCCACAGGACCAGCACUUCCUGAAAUACAACACUCUGCGAGAUUCCGGAAAACAGGCUGUAAAGGAACUCUUGAAGUUCAUGGCUCACCCGGCUAUCUCCAGCAUCAACCUGACUGCAGCCUUGGGGUCUUUGGCUUCCAUUGCCCGCCAGAGGCCCAUGUUCAUGGCGGAGGUUAUCCAGGCAUACGAGAGCCUGCAUGCCAACCUUCCUCCAACUUUGGCGAAGUCUCAGGUGAGCAGUGUCAGGAAGAACCUGAAAUUGCAACUGCUCAGUGUCCUACGUCAUCCAUCCUCCAUUGAGUACCAAGGGGCCAUCACCACCCUUCUCCUCGAUCUGGGGACCAGCCAGGCGGAAAUAUCUCGAAACCUACCACCGUCCAGGGAUAUCGGUCGCAAGAGGGCCAGGGAAAUGGUCGAAGGAGGACAGAAAAAGAGCCGCACAGACCCUUCUUUGGCCGAUGAUGACGAUGAUAAGGACACGGUACAGCAUCCUCCCGCUCAGCCUCCUGUCCCCAGCACAAUGUCUGCCACAGAUAUCACUGCCGAGUUCCUGCGUCCUUUACUGACACCGGAGAGCGUGGCCAACCUGGUCCUCAUUAGUAUGGUGUAUCUCCCUGACACGAUGCCGGCCUCCUUCCAGUCUACCUACACGCCAGUCGAGUCUGCGGGGACUGAUGCACAGAUCCGCCAUCUUGCCCGACUCAUGGCUACGCAGAUGACAGCGGCAGGCAUUGGUCCCGGUGUUGAGCAGACGAGAGACGCCCCAGCGGAAGUAGUGGAGGAAGAGAGCAGCAAACCCGAGGGAUUGGUGAUCAAGCGUCGGAUGUCAUCUCUUCCUACUCAGGGCCAGGCCAUCUCUGUUGUUGGGGCUCAGAGUAAGCCUACCAAAGAGGAGGAAGAAGAGGAGCCACCCCAAGCCAAGAAAAGGCCAGAGCCUAUUCUGCCAGGGACUCAACUCCGGUCGGCUGGCGCUGGAGGCCGUAAGAAAAUAUUCAAGUUGAAGGAGGUUUCUGAGCCUCUGACAGAAGCUCAGAUGAAAAGUCUGAAGCUGGGAUCCGUGCAGAGAAUCCUCCAGUCGGAGAAAAGCGUGGGUAGCAGCGGUGCCAGCCAGAUACGCGUGAAGGUCCUUGCCCGUCUGGUGACGCGUCUGGAUACCUCCCUGAAAGCUGAGGUCUUGUCUCAUUUUCUGAGUGACACUCGUGGACGGCUGGACCUCGCGCUGGCUUGGCUUUAUCAGGAAUACUGCGAAUACCUGUCUGGAGGAGGUGAUGAGGGAUACCAGGAGUGUCUUAUCGGGAUUCUAACUGGCCUCCAAGAGAGACCUGACCAGAAAGAUGGGGUCUUCACGAAGAUCGUCCUAGAAGCUCCUCUGCUUACGGAUUCGGCCUUGGAUGUGAUUCGGAAAUACUGUGAAGAUGAGGGUCGUAGUUAUCUAGGGAUGUCGACCUUGCGGGAUCUGAUACUCACUCGCCCAGCCAGACAGUUCCAAUAUCUACACCUUCUCCUGGACUUGAGCUCACACGAAAAAGAAAAGGUCCGGCAACAAUCUCUCCUCUUCAUUAAGCGAAUGUACGAGAAGGAGAGUCUCCGGCAAUAUAUAGAGAAGUUUGCUCUUAACUACUUGCAGCUCCUUGUCCAUCCAAACCCUCCUUCUGUGCUUUUUGGGGCAGACAAAGACACGGAGGUGGCAGCUCCAUGGACAGAAGACACGGUGAAACAAUGCCUGUAUCUGUACCUGGCUCUACUCCCGCAGAACCACAAACUGAUCCAUGAGCUGGCGUCUGUAUAUACCGAGGCCACUGCCGACAUUAAGAGGACGGUGCUUAGGGUCAUUGAGACUCCGAUCCGUGGCAUGGGAAUGAACUCCCCCGAGCUGCUGCUUUUGGUGGAAAACUGCCCCAAAGGGGCUGAGACUCUUGUAACCCGGUGCCUGCACAUUUUGACAGACAAAGUUCCGCCGUCUCCGGAGUUGGUGAAACGUGUCCGUGACCUGUACCAGAAGCGCUUGCCGGAUGUCCGGUUCCUGAUUCCUGUCCUGAAUGGGCUGGAUAAGAAAGAAGUUAUUCAGGCUUUGCCUAAACUCAUCAAACUUAACCCAAUAGUGGUGAAAGAAGUAUUUAACCGGCUCCUGGGAACACAGCACGGUGAGGUCAGCUCCACCAUGUCUCCUCUCACACCUGGGGAUCUUCUCGUUGCUCUUCACAACAUUGACUCCAGUAAAUGUGACAUGAAGUCUGUCAUCAAAGCUACCAACUUGUGCUUCUCGGCUCGCUCGGUGUACACGUCGGAGGUGUUGGCCGUAGUGCUGCAGCAGCUGAUGGACACGACGCCUCUCCCCAUGCUGCUUAUGAGGACGGUGAUCCAGGCCCUGGGAAUGUACCCUCGACUAGGUGGCUUCAUUAUGAAUAUACUGACCCGCCUUAUCUACAAGCAGGUCUGGAAAUAUCCCAAAGUGUGGGAAGGUUUCAUUAAAUGCUGUCAAAGAACCAAACCACAGUCUUUCAGCGUCCUGCUGCAGCUUCCACCGCCACAGCUCCUGUCUGUCUUGCAGACCUGCCCUGACCUCCGGGAUCCGCUUUUAGCUCAUGUUCGAUCUUUCACCCCACACCAGCUGGCUCAUGUACCCCAUUCCAUCAUGGCUAUUCUAGAGGCCGAAUCCAGAACGGAACCAGAGUCAGAGGACGCUGCACAACCUGAAGAGGAGCCAGAAGCCACAUCCCAGGAUAUCAUUUCCCGGCGCCUCGCUCAGGAGAAAUCCCUAAAGAGGCAGAUACUGGAAGAGCAGAAGGUGCGAAACCCCCAAGAGAUGGAAGAAGAAUCUGUGGCAGAAACACCGACUAUCUUCAUAGACGAGGAAGACUUUGAGCCAACGAAGGCUACUGUGAAAGAAGAAGAGGAUUCUGGAAAUUCCGCUGCUGCCGCGACACAAUCUCCCCCUCCCGACGAACCCAUGGAAGUCGGCGAAGAACAGAAAGACGAUUGAACGCGACCCCUGCGCUCGCAAGACAUCUCUGACCUGCUAAUGCUAUAAACAUCAAUUAAAAUACUCGAUCUAUUCUGAGAUAGUCUACUGCUUUGUCUUAGAAAGUGAGCAGACACUGGUACAUGUGAUUUAAGUGUUACGCAGCGUGACUCCCCCAGCCUAAUACGAAAUACGGUGAUGCGUCGAAAGUUUUAAAUAUUUUUUUUUUAGUAUUUAAAAUAGCCGAGAAAAUAGUUUUGCUUAAUGAAGACAGCGUGAGCACCGUGUGCAUGUCUAUAGAGUCGCUGUAAGUCCCUGCGCUGUGAAUUGGUUACCGUAUGGUGAGAAAAAGAAAAAUGAAGCUUUUUGAAUCGUAUGAAUCAAACAAAACAUGAAAUGUAGAUGUGAAUAUAUCAUGUUAUAUUAUUUCUUAACCCUGAAAUAUAUAUUUUCUUUUCCAAAAGAAAAAUGGUCAUCUUUUGUUAAACGCUGCUCUAAGCUAUAGGGUUACCCCCUACGUGACAUGAAAUAAAAUCCAAACACGCUUGGGCUCUGUGCCCGUUCGUGGUCACCGAGCCCCCGUCUUCCCAUUAAGCACCAUCAUGAAAGGAUUCAGGUUGCAAAUGGCAAAAGGGAAGGAUAGUUAUAUAAAAAUAAUAAAAAAAAAAAUCUGGAUCGUCACGUUUCACAACGCCUGUAUAUAAAGUACUAUAUACUCAAUAAAUGUAAUGUGUUUAUCUAA